AUGCACCCCGAAGAAGACGAGGAACAACUUGAAAGACUACACUCGCUACACCGUCUACUACAAGACGUGGAAAAAACCCGACGAAAAAUAGCACAAGAUUGCCUUGUGCGCAUAUUCCAAAAAAAUGUCGCUCAAAACACGGUGGUGCGCGCACAAAAAGAAAAUAGUGAAAUGAUAGAAACCUUUGAGUAUCUGAUGGGUGCAUUGAAACAUGAGAUCAUGAUACAGGCGAUGAAGGCAGACCUAAGUCCAACAAGUUGGCCCUGCACGCUUAACGAGCUAUUUCCGGUCUUCCCAAAUGGCAGUGCAUCAUCCUUGGAAAAAAUAAAGCCACUGCAUAGUUUUCAUUUACUGCGACCGUAUUUUAUACGGCUAUUUUCCGUGGUUGAGGAUUUUAUUGUGUCGCAGCUUUAUCGGCAAGAGAACAGAACAAAGUCUGUAAGCUUGGAAGAUUGUCCCGAAUUCAUGAAAGCAGCAACAAAACUAAAUCAUGAAAAAAUUUGCUCCAUACUAAUAGAAUAUUUGGAUUUGUACCACGAUCAUAUUAAAGAAAUGUCGGAAUACGUGAAUCCGAUUUUCGAAGAAAUAGAUAGACGAAAAGUAAUGGAUAUAUUAGAUCAAGUAACGUCACACUUCAAUUGCUUUGAAAAUGAAACUCUUGAAAUUCUUUACAAUCUAUUUAUAUAA